GUCAAACCUGGAAGUGAUGGUUUGGUUUCACGGAGGCCUUCUUCAGUACGGGUCCGGACAUAUGGAUCACUUGAGACCCAAUGGAAAGCUAUCGCGAGACUCCAACUUUGUGUUCGUGUCGUUCAACUAUCGACUACAAGCCAUGGGUUUCCUGGCAUUGGAUCUGUUGGCCAAUUCGGGCGCCAACUCUUCAUUCGGUAAUUACGGUCUCUGGGACUCAAUGGUAGUGUUGGAGUGGAUUCAGCGCAAUAUCCACGCGUUUGGCGGCGAUCCCAGACGUGUCACACUGUUUGGCAGUGACGGCGGGUCCGCAAUGAUUAUGGCUUUGAUGACAAAUCCCGACUCGAGAUCACUGUUCCGGUCGGUGUGGCUCAUAGACCCGGCCCUGUAUUUCAACCGUACGUUCGCCGAGGCGUCCAAUUAUAACCACAAUAACUUCCUGUCGCGAACCGAUUGCCAUAACAUCGACUGUCUGUACAAACUGUCGGCUGAAUCGGUGCUGAAGGCCUUCAUCGGUGACGACGACCCGUCGUUUAUUAUUAAAGAUCAAAACGAUUUACCGAUUCAGGGAAUGCUUAACAAACAGCUUAUUGUUAUCGACGAUGAAUUAGUGACGGCUCCGAUACCAUUCCCAGCCGACACAUCUGUCGACAUACCAGUGCUGGUGGGCUCAGCAGUUCAGGCGACUGAGUACUGGCCCGGACCUAAAGACUUGUGGCGGUGGACGUGGAGUGACUAUAACAAGUACGUCACCACAUCUCUGGACUCGUUUGGGCCCCGACUCACACAACUGGCUCUACAACAGUACCCGCCGUCGCCGACCAUUGCACCCGCCCUACAGUACCUAACAAUGGUGACAGACCUGCGCCAGACGUGUCCCGUCAAUCUCAUAGCCGCUAAUCUGUCGGCGCUGUUAGUGUCGCCCGUAUAUCGAUAUCUGGUCACAUCAAAGCCCUCCCAACCCAUCACUAUGUUUGACAUCAAAUCCAAUAAUUCGCUUCAUUUUUGGGAUUUGAUGGCAUUUUUUGGUACAAUCGAUAAAUUCAUUAAAAAGCCCACAGAAUUGGAUCAACGGUUUGCCGAACAGAUCCGCGAUAUUGUGUUCAACUUUGUGAGAGACGGCAGACCCGACUCUAUCAUACCGUUGCCAUCCAAAUGGGAUCAAUCAUUUCCCCAUCAAAUGGCGAUCAUUGACUCAAACGAUACGAUUGUUGUCAAUAACUAUGUGAUCAGUGAUAGGUGUGAGUUCUGGGACACACAGGGAUUAACUAAAUACGCGUGGAUUAGUUAAACAUCACUCAUCGUCAUGUGCUCUUUCAUACAAAUUAUUUAUUUAUUUUUUUUUUGGUUAUAAAUUAUGUAUAAAUAGUAUACUUUUAGUUUAAUUAUAUAUUGUUUUUGUUUCAAAUGU